AUGGCCCGCCCACCUCCACUCCAGGGCGACUUCUUUGGCUUCGGCAACCUCGAUGUGCUGCCCAUGUUCCCGGGAGCAGGCCCCAGCCAAGGCAUUCCAGCUUCUGAUGCGCUGCGGCUCGACGACGACGACGACGACGCCAUGGCACUUCUCGAGGGCAACCUGAUGGCGCAGUUUGGCGGAGACAUGAGCCUCAACACCGACCCGAUGGCAGCCCUCAUGGACGGAGACGCCAGCGACCUCAUCUCUCCAGACGCCAUCCUCAAGGCCCAGGAUCAGUUCAACACCGCCGCAAACGAUAUCCCCGGUGCGGGGCCGUUGCCAGCAGCCGCUUUUGCACCACCCGCCAUGUCCAGCAACAACCCGCUGACCGAGUUCACCAAGAGACGCAACUGGCCGGCAAAGGUGGUCGAGGAGAUUCGCGAUUUGCUGCAGAUUCUCGAUUCCAACGGCCGCAUCAGAUAUGUGUCGCCCAGCAUCACCGCCCUGGCCGGCUACGCCGUGGAGGAGGUCCAAGACACCUUUUUGAAGCAUCUGAUCCAUCCCGACGACCAGGGCGUGCUCGUCGCUGAGCUCCACGAAUCCAUCGCAACUGGCAACCCGCUGCGCAUGUUCUACCGUAUGAAGAAGAAAGAUGGGACGUAUGCCAUCUUCGAAGCCGUGGGCCACGCCCACAUUGCGGCUGCCCGAUUCGCACCAAAUCCAAACAACCAGUCGCCCUUUUGCCAGGCCGUCUUCAUGAUGGCACGCCUCUAUCCGACCAAAAACGCCGCGCUGCUAGACUCGUUUUUGGAGCACAAGAUUGAAAAUGAGAGGCUGCGGCGUCGCAUAGCCGAGCUGCGGGCAGAGGAGGAGGCAGAAGUGGAGGAGGCGCAAAGACAGUGGGCGCAGGGCAGAUCGGAUAUGACUACGUCUGAGGAUGCCGGUGCAUCGUCCUCGACAGCUUACGCAGGCCCCAGCAUGCCUACCGACAAGUCCAUAUCAUCGGCAAAUACCGAUGGAGCAUUGACCAGGAAGAACCUAGAAGAUGUCACAGCAAGCAGUCGCCAGGACUCGCUGCGUGAUAAAAUGGCUCGAUUCGAAGCAUCCUCCGCGGAUACCAUAGCUCUGCUGACAGGCAUAGAGAAUGGGGAACGGAUGAGCAACGGCAACCGGAGCCCUACUCUUAUCAAGGGUGAUGCGGGAAUUGCCAUGCCCAUGGAUAGGGAUUCUAGAUCAGGCGAUAAGAAGAAGAAGCUCAAGUUGGCAGAGGAAUAUGUCUGCACAGAUUGCGGCACUCUUGAUUCUCCAGAAUGGCGAAAGGGACCCAACGGGCCAAAGACACUCUGUAACGCCUGCGGAUUGCGAUGGGCAAAGAAGGAAAAGAAGCGCAACAGCGUCAGCACACCGGUGGCCAAGCCAACUCCGGGCUAA